AUGGCCCAUGCUGCAGCCCAUCUGAAGAAAGCUCGUGAGCUUGAGAAUCACCCAGACUAUCAAGCACUCCAGAAAGCCCGGGAGAAGAGGAGGAGGCACCGGGAGAGAGCUGAGAGAAAGCGGCAGUCUGACAGUAACACCAGUUUCCUCCGGGCCGCUCGAGCAGGCAACACUGACAAAGUCCUUGAAUUCCUCAAAAAUGGAGUAGACAUCGGAACAUGUAACCAGAAUGGCCUCAAUGCGUUACACCUGGCCGCUAAGGAGGGACACAAGGAUUUGGUGGAGGAACUGCUGCAAAGAGGAGCAUCUGUCGACUCAUCCACUAAGAAAGGAAACACUGCGCUCCACAUCGCCUCAUUGGCUGGACAAAAAGAAGUAGUCAAACUCCUGGUGAUGAGAGGAGCGGACAUCAAUUCUCAGUCGCAGAAUGGCUUCACUCCGCUCUACAUGGCAGCCCAGGAGAAUCAUUUGGAGGUGGUGCGAUACCUGCUGGAGAAUGAAGGGAACCAAAGCAUCGCAACAGAAGAUGGCUUUACCCCACUUGCGAUCGCUCUCCAGCAGGGCCACAACUCAAUUGUCUCCUUGCUUUUGGAGCAUGACACCAAGGGUAAGGUUCGCCUGCCCGCCCUGCACAUAGCAGCCCGCAAGGACGACACCAAGUCUGCUGCUCUGCUGCUCCAGAAUGACCACAACGCCGAUGUCCAGUCUAAGAGCGGUUUUACCCCCCUGCACAUCGCAGCUCACUAUGGCAACGUGAACGUCUCCACCCUGUUGCUGAACAGAGGAGCUGCUGUCGACUUCAUGGCCAGGAAUGGGAUAACACCUCUUCAUGUGGCUUCCAAGAGAGGCAACACCAACAUGGUGGCUCUGCUGUUGGAUCGGGGUGGUCAGAUAGAUGCUAAAACCAGGGACGGUCUGACACCCCUUCACUGUGCAGCCAGGAGCGGUCAUGACCCAGCAGUGGAGAUUCUGCUGGAAAGAGGAGCCCCCAUCUUAGCCAGAACUAAGAAUGGACUGUCCCCGCUGCACAUGUCAGCCCAGGGAGACCACGUCGAGUGUGUGAAAUUCCUGUUGCAACACCAGGCGCCCGUUGACGACGUUACGCUUGACUACCUGACGGCGCUGCACGUUGCAGCUCACUGCGGCCACUACAGAGUCACCAAGCUCCUACUGGACAAGAAGGCCAAUCCUAAUGCCAGAGCACUGAAUGGCUUUACGCCUCUCCACAUCGCUUGUAAGAAAAACCGAGUGAAGGUGAUGGAACUGCUGGUGAAAUACGGUGCCUCCAUUCAGGCCAUCACUGAGUCUGGCUUGACUCCGAUUCAUGUAGCAGCUUUCAUGGGCCACCUCAACAUCGUUCUGCUUCUGCUGCAGAAUGGAGCGUCUCCUGAUGUCCGCAACAUACGUGGGGAAACCGCUCUCCACAUGGCGGCACGGGCUGGUCAGAUGGAAGUGGUUCGCUGUUUGCUAAGAAACGGGGCGUUGGUGGAUGCAAUGGCCAGGGAGGACCAGACGCCGCUCCACAUCGCAUCCCGUUUGGGGAAAACAGAUAUCGUCCAGCUGCUGCUGCAGCACAUGGCCCACCCCGAUGCUGCCACCACCAACGGCUACACUCCCCUCCACAUUUCAGCCAGAGAGGGUCAGGUAGAGACUGCUGCCAUUCUCCUGGAGGCUGGUGCCUCACACUCACUGGCCACCAAGAAAGGAUUCACUCCGUUACAUGUAGCAGCAAAAUAUGGAAGCCUAGAUGUAGCUAAACUUCUCCUUCAACGCAAAGCCGCAGCUGAUGAUGCUGGCAAGAACGGCCUAACGCCGCUACAUGUAGCAGCUCAUUAUGACAACCGGGAGGUGGCGUUGCUGCUGCUGGACAAAGGAGCAUCAUCUCAUGCCACUGCUAAGAACGGCUAUACUCCUCUCCACAUUGCAGCCAAAAAGAAUCAGACGAACAUUGCUUUGGCUCUGCUGGAGUACGGAGCCGAGACCAAUGUUCUGACCAAGCAGGGAGUCAGCCCGCUACACCUGGCAGCCCAGGAGGGGAACACAGAGAUGGUCAGCCUGCUGCUGAGCAAAGGAGCUCACGUCAACACUGCCACCAAGAGUGGAUUGACUCCUUUGCAUCUCGCAGCUCAAGAAGACAGGGUCAAUGCAGCAGAAGUUCUCGCCAAACAUGAUGCCACCCUGGACCACCAAACUAAACUUGGAUACACUCCUCUGAUUGUGGCAUGCCAUUAUGGAAAUGUCAAGAUGGUGAACUUCCUGCUACAACAAGGUGCCGGCGUCAACUCCAAGACAAAGAAUGGUUACACUCCACUUCACCAGGCGGCUCAACAAGGGAAUACACAUAUAAUCAAUGUUUUACUGCAACACGGGGCCAAACCUAACACUACUACUUUGAACGGGAACACCGCUCUAUCGAUUGCCAGACGUCUAGGUUACAUCUCUGUGGUGGACACACUGAAAGUCGUCACUGAAGAAGUCAUCACAACAACAACGACGGUGACUGAGAAACACAAACUUAAUGUCCCAGAAACCAUGACCGAGAUGCUCGAUGUGUCCGACGAGGAAGGUGAGGACACGAUGACGGGUGACGGAGGAGAGUACCUGAGAGCGGAGGACCUCCGGGAGCUGGGAGACGACUCCCUGCCGGGACAUUACCUGGAUAGUUUCAGCUACAUGAGCCACAACCUGGACAGGCCCCAGCACACUCCCAUGCACCCAAGUUUCCACCAGAGAGACGGGGUUCUCAUUGAGGAUCUCCUGACGAGCCACCAGGUGUCGGCGCUGUCUAGAGAACAUGACAAGGAGUCGUUCCGCCUGAGCUGGGGUGCUGAACACCUGGAUAAUGUGGUGCUGUCCUCCAGUCUGCUGCACUCUGGCUUCCUGGUCAGCUUCAUGGUAGACGCCAGGGGGGGAGCCAUGCGCGGCUGCCGUCACAACGGCCUGCGGAUCAUCGUGCCGCCAAGAAAGUGCUCUGCGCCCACGCGGGUGACGUGCAGGUUGGUGAAGAGACACCGCCUGGCCUCCAUGCCCCCCAUGGUGGAGGGUGAAGGGCUGGCCGGGCGCAUCAUAGAAGUAGGACCCACCGGGGCUCAGUUCCUGGGGCCCGUCAUUGUGGAAAUUCCCCAUUUUGCUGCUCUGAGGGGCACAGAGCGAGAGCUUGUGAUCUUAAGGAGUGAAACUGGAGAGAACUGGAAAGAACACCAUUGUGACUUUACAGAGGAGGAACUGAACCAAAUACUGAAUGGCAUGGAUGAAAAACUCGAUUCCCCCGAAGAACUGGAGAAGAAAAGAAUAUGCCGAAUCAUCACCAGAGACUUCCCGCAGUACUUUGCUGUGGUGUCGAGGGUAAAGCAGGACAGUCAUCUGAUUGGUCCAGAGGGCGGGGUCCUCAGCAGUACUCUGGUACCCCAGGUCCAGGCCGUCUUCCCCGAGGGUGCUCUUACUAAGAAGAUCAGAGUUGGGCUCCAGGCUCAGCCCAUCGAUGUCGAGGUGGUGAAAAAGAUUCUUGGUAACAAAGCCACCUUCAGCCCAAUUGUCACAUUAGAGCCGAGACGGAGGAAAUUCCAUAAACCGAUCACCAUGACGAUCCCUAUUCCCAAGACCUCCAACAGCGACGGAACAAGUGCAGUGUUCAGCGGGGAGACCCCCACUUUACGCUUGCUUUGCAGUAUUACAGGUGGAACCACUCCUGCCCAGUGGGAGGACAUCACUGGCUCCACACCUCUCACCUUUGUUAACCAGUGUGUGUCUUUUACCACGAACGUGUCAGCAAGGUUCUGGCUCAUAGACUGCAGACAGAUCCAGGAGUCCGUUCAUUUUGGCACUCAGCUCUACAGAGAAAUCAUAUGCGUCCCAUACAUGGCCAAGUUUGUCAUCUUCGCUAAGACUCUGGACCCCAUUGAAGCCCGCCUGCGCUGUUUCUGCAUGACGGACGACAAGAUGGACAAAACUCUGGAGCAACAGGAGAACUUCACUGAAGUCGCCCGCAGCCGAGAUGUUGAGGUGCUGGAGGGAAAACCCAUCUAUGCAGACUGCUUUGGAAACCUGGUGCCUCUCACCAAGAGUGGACAACACCACGUCUUCAGUUUCUUUGCCUUCAAAGAGAACAGACUGGCGCUCUUUAUCAAAAUCAGAGACACAGCACAGGAGCCUUGUGGUCGCUUGUCCUUCACCAAGGAUCCACGCACAUACCGAACUCUUAACCACAACGCCAUCUGCAACCUUAACAUCACUCUGCCAGCAUACUCAAAGGAUUCUGACUCAGACCAAGACGGAGAUGAAGAGAGUGAAAAGAGUGACAAGAAAUACGAUGAAUCUGAGUCAACUGAGACAUUCUCCCUGAGAACUAACCAACCUCUUGACCCCGCAACUCUUGCAAGUCCGGACCUCCUGUCAGACAUGUCGGACAUCAGAACAUCCGUAGUUUUUACUGCAGAGCUAUUUGAGGAGAGAGCUGGAGUUGGAGGGUUGGAAGAAAAGCAGGCUAUUAUUGUUGUGGAACAGAUCAGAGACAGGGACAAAAAGGUUGGAUAUUUCCAGCAAGAAUGGUUGACUAAUAGAAUGACGACAGAAGAAAAUGGGGCUGCAAAAGAAAAAGCUCCUCUCUGUGAGGCAAAAACUUUUGAAGAACCAGUUUUGCAAGAGACUUGUAUAAAGACUAGCAUUUCAAGCAGAACUGUCUCUGAGGUGGCAGACAUGGUUUCAAACCUCAGCACAGACAUGGAGGACCACCUGAAAGAGAAGACUGCUGUGAAAUAUGCUUCUCAAGAAAAUUUAGCCCAAGAAAGAUCUGAGCAGGCUGUCAUAAAGCGUGAGGGCAAACGACAUCCCCCAGAUAUCAAGAAACCAAUUAGAAGGAAACUUCGAGAACGAGAGCUUUCUAUGUGUAGCAGCUCUGAGGGAGAGCUAGAAAGAGUUAGUUCUGAAGAAUCUUUAGAUGGUGACAUUCUUCUCAAUACAAAUAGUCUUGAGGUUACCUCAGUUAUGGAGCCUCCAGCUUCUCCAGGAAUUGUUGAGACACCUAUAGGUUCUAUAAAGGACAGAGUGAAAGCUUUACAGAACAAAGUUGAGGAAGAGGACAUGCAAAAGAAUGCUCAAGGUGUAACAUGUGAGGUAAAACCUUCUAUCACCAUAAAAAAGACAGAGGAAGUCAUGCCAGAACUUCCCAGACUCCCCAAGUCCCCUAAAUCUCCAAGAAGUCAGACAGAAAGAUUAGAGGAAACUAUGUCAGUGAGGGAGCUGAUGAAAGCAUUCCAAACAGGGCAGGACCCAUCAAAAUGUAAAUCUGGGCUUUUUGAACACAAAGCAGUCCCUUCUGCUGAUGUUAUAACAUCUGAAUCAUCAGAUUCUGAAAAGAUACAGGAGACAGAACAGAGUCCUACAUCUGAGCUGAAAACACAAAUCCAAUCUCAGAGUCCCACGAUUUUCAAUGGACAAAGUGACAAAUGUGAUAAAACAGACAUUGGAGAUGAACCAGUGGACGUCGAUAGACGUAAUGCUGGAGAAACCCAAUUGAAUUCAGAAAAGCCUUCCACUGGAAAGACAGUGAAGUUUGCUGAUACAGUUCAGUAUGAUGAUGGGGAUGAUGGCCCACAGAAAGAGUUGCAUGACAGCUAUGAGUUGCCAGAAAAGGAGGUGUCUGUGAAGGAACGUAUGAAAAAAUUCCAAACUGGUCUAGACAGUCCAGAAAUGACAUCAGGACCUUUAGAAACCAAAACCAUGGCUCCCGUUUCAACAGUGAUAUCUGGAUCCAAAGCUGCUGAGGAGGUAGAAAUAACUGAACAAAGUCCAGAACAGGAGCCAAAAUCAGAAGGCCAAGCUACAAGCCUCACACCUGUCAAUGCAAUUGCUGGUGAUUUAAUAUAUGGUGACACAGAUGCAGAAGACCAAACAGCAAACUUUACUGAGCACAUUUCUGAUGAGUCUGUGAUCAUUUCAGAUCGUUUGAAAAAAACUGUACACUUUGCUGCCACAGUUCAUGAUGACCCUGUACAUGGUACCCCACAGAGAGACGAUCAAGGAAAGAGUGUUGUGUCUGUAAAGGAGCUGAUGAAAGCAUUUCAGAAUCAACAAGAGAUGCAGCCCAUUAAAAAAAGUCCUGCAGAUGAGACAAAACUACUAGUACAGACUGAGAGAGCCAUGGAGUUACAUCAAGGGAGUGAUGUUAAGGAAGAUGAACAAGCAGAUUUAGAUGCUAAAUCGGUAAACUUAACCAAAGACCAAUCACUUUCAGUCUCAGACAGUGGUUAUAUAAAGACAGUAGAAAGUGACGACAAACUCAUGAGUGAGGCGGGCAACUUGUCAGAGGACAAGACAAUGUCUGUAAAGGAGCUGAUAAAUACAAUCCAUACUAAGCAGGAGUCUUCAGAGAUUAAGGCUGAACUCCUUGAAUCAGUACACCCUGAGGAGAGUCAACAAGCUGAACAGAGUGCGGUUACAAUUUCCCAAUCACAAGAAGAUGCCAAUGCAUUUAGAAUGUUGGAUUCACAACAAAGUUCAGACAAACCUUACUUUAGAGUGACGGUAAAAAAUACUGAGAGAAUUCAGUUUGAUAGUGAGAGUAGCCUCAACAGAGGAGAGCCAGGGUUGCCAGGGAAGAGUCCAGACAAGAAUCAGUUACAGGAACCACUCCUAAGCACUGCUUGGAGCUUGUAUGAUGAUCAGAUCAGCCCUGAUCGCAGACCAUCUGAGGACUUCAGUGCUGACAUAAAAGCUGAGCUGGAGGAAAGUCCUGAGUAUCAGUUGUUCAGACGGACAUCAGCAGCAUCUAACAACUAUCAGCUUGGGGCACCUGAGGAGGACACCUUUGCUAAUGAUUCUGACACGAAUCCAGAAUAUGUUUCCAGUCCCUUUUUUGGGGAACACAUAAGUGUUCAGAGUUCUGGGAGUCCUGGAAGUGCCAAACAUGAAGGUUUGGCGGAAUUCUCUGAAACUAAAGUUGAUAUCAGGAUCUCUCGUUCCAGCCCAGAGGCAAAAGAGAGGUCUGAGGGUUUUAUAGCAACCCACCAAAUUACCAAUGAAAUGUUUAUUUACUCUAAAAGUACAAAAGAAGAGGAUAGCAUACCUUCAUGUGAAGAGAAACAUUAUGAAGCAGGUGAAAAAGACACAACAGUCGAUUGUGAAAGCAGAAUGUUUUUGGGACAAACUGAGACUGAGCAAACAGAUGUAGAAAUCGAGGAACCACCACUUCACGAAAUCCAAACAGAGAUGAAAACUCAUCAGUCAUCUACAGAAGGAAAGAAUGUGCAAGGAAUGGUGUUGUUAAUGAAUAGGGACACGGAGCAGUAUCUACAAGCAAGGAAUGUUGAAAGACAGUCAUCGGAAGAGGAUAUUGUUGAGGACAAGUUUGAGCAAGUUGUUUUAACAAAGGAAAUGCAAGAUGAAAUCCCCAAAAGAGUAACUGUUGACAGUAAGGGACCAUUAGUAGAUAGAACAGCACUAAAAGCAAAACACACAGAUGAAAAGAUGUCAGGCAUGCCAUCACUCCCGACCAGUGACUUAGAUCAGUACAUCCUUGACAGGCCAGACAAUCGUAGGUCUCCAGAGGAAGAAAUUGUCCUUGAGAACUUUGAACAAGUUAUACAUACCAAAAUGCAAACGUGCUCUACUACUGAGAUGGAAGAUGAGGCAAGUGGAAUAACACAAGAAAAGAAACAAAAUAAAGUGAUUGAAGUAAAAGAACUGAUUCCAAGUGUAGUAGUGGAGACUCCAUUCCAAGAAGUUUGCAUCAAAGGAAAGGAACAGCAGUCCAAAACUGCGAAGAAUAUGUCAUGUAUGUUGUCACUGCUCAGUAGUGACCUAGAUGAACAUCUCAAAGAUAAGCCAGUGACCAAAGAAAGCCAGUCACAAGAGGAUCUUGUCCAUGAGAGCUUCACAGAAGUUAAACUGACCAGUGAUAAAUUCAAGGACAGGAUUGAGGAAAUGGCAAAUGAAGACUUGCAGACUAAUGAAACUGGGGUCAAAGUGGAAACAUCAAGUAUGGCUUCGGAAACUCCAUUUGAACAAGUUGUUAUCGAAAGAAAGACACAUUAUCAGCAGUCCACAACUGAAAAAAAUAUGUCAGGCAUGUUGUCACUUCUCAGUAAUGAGCUUGAUGAAGAUCUCAGAGAACAGCCAUUGACUGAUGAAACUGGAGUCACAGCGGAAACAUCAAGUAUGGUUUCUGAAACCCCAAUUGAACAAGUUGUCAUUGAGAGAAAGGCACACUACCAGCAGUCCACAACUGAGAAAAAUAUGUCAGGCAUGUUGUCACUUCUCAGUAGUGACCUAGAUGAAGGUUUCAAAGAUGAGCCAGUGGCCAAAGAAAGCCAUUCGGAGGAAGCUCUUGUCCAUGAAAGUUGCACAGAAGUUGUACUAACUAGUGAAGAUUUGGGCGAAAAGCUUGAGAAAGAUACAAAUGAAGACUUGCAGAGUGAUGAAACUGGAGCAAAAGAACUAACACCAAGUAUAGUUUCUGAGACUCCAUUUCAACAAGCUUUUAUCGAAAUAGAGGCCCACUACAAGCAGUCCACAACUGAGAAGAAUGUGUCCGGCAUGUUAUCAGUUCUUAGCAGUGACCUGGAUGAAGAUCUGAAAGAAAAGCCACUAACCAAACCCAGCCAAUCCCAAGAGGAUAUUGUCCAUGAGAGCUGCAUAGAAGUGAUAUCAUUAACUGAUCAUCUGAAAGACAGGAUAGGCGAACAGGCAAAUGAAGACUUGCAGAGUGAUGAACUAACGCCAAGUACAGUUUCUGAGACUGCACUCAAAAAGGUUUCAAUCAUGAGAGACACACGCGACCAACAGCCCACAGUUGAAAAGAAUAUGUCAGGCAUGUUGUCACUUCUCAACGAUGAGCUAGAUGAAGAUCUCAAAGAACAGCCACUGACUGAACCAAGCCAAGAGGAUCUUGUCCAUGAGAGCUGCACAGAAGUUAAACUGACUUCUGAAACUCAGUUUGAACAAGUUUACAUCGAGAGAGACACAAACUACCAACAGUCCUCAACUGAGAAGAAUGGUAUGUUAUCAGUUCUCAGCAGUGACCUUGAUGAAGAUCUCAAAGAAAAGCCAUUGACCCAACAAAGCCACUCAGGGGAGGAUCUUGCUCAUGAGAGUUCAAAAGAAGUGAUAUUACCAACUGAUAAUUUGAAAGGCAGUAUAGGGGAAGAGGCAAAUAAAGACUUGCAGAAUGAUGAAAUAACACCAAGUACAGUUUCUGAAAGUGAAUUUGAACAAGUCUCAAUCAUAAGAGAGACACACUACCAGCAACCCACAACUGAAAAUAAUAUGCCAGGUAUGUUGUCACUUCUCAGUAAUGAGCUUGAGAAAGAUCUCAAAGAACAGCCAUUGACUGAUAAAACUGGAGUCACAGUGGAAACAUCAGAUAUGGUUUCUGAAACCCCAUUUGAACAAGUUGUCAUUGAGAGAAAGGUGCACUACCAGCAGUCCACAACUGAGAAAAAUAUAUCUGGCAUGUUGUCACUUCUCAGUAGUGAUCUAGAUGAAGAUUUCAAAGGCAAGCCAGUGGCCAAAGAAAGCCAAGAGGAUCUUGUCCAUGAGAGCUGCACAGAAGUUAAACUGACUUGUGAUAAAUUCCACGACAGGGUGGAAGAAAUGACAAAUGAAGACUUGCAGACUAAUGAAACUGGGGUCAAAGUGCAGUCAUCAAAUAUGGUUUCUGAAACUCAGUUUGAACAAGCUGUCAUCGAGAGAGACACAAACUACCAACAGUCCUCAACUGAGAAGAAUGGUAUGUUAUCAGUUCUCAGCAGUGACCUUGAUGAAGAUCUCAAAGAAAAGCCGUUGACCCAACAAAGCCACUCAGAGGCGGGUCUUGCUCAUGAGAGUUGGAAAGAAGUGAUAUUACCAACUGAUAAUUUGGAAGGCAGUAUUGGGGAAGAGGCAAAUAAAGACUUCCAGAGUGAUGAAAUAAAACCAAGUACAGUUUCUGAAAGUGCAUUUGAACACGUUUCCAUCAUAAGAGAGACAUACUACCAACAGCCCACAACUGAGAAGAAUAUGUCAGGUAUGUUGUCACUUCUCAGUAAUGAGCUCGAUGAAGAUCUCAGAGAACAGCCAUUGACUGAUAAAACUGGAUUCACAGCGGACAUAUCAAGUAUGGUUUCUGAAACCCCAUUUGAACAAGUUGUCAUUGAAAGAAAGGCACACUACCAGCAGUCCACAACUGAGAAAAACAUGUCAGGCAUGUUGUCACUUCUCAGUAGUGACCUAGGUGAAGGUUUCAAAGAUAAGCCAGUGGCUAAAGAAAGCUAUUUGGAGGAAGCUCUUGUCCAUGAAAGUUGCACAGAAGUUGUACUAACUAGUGAAGAUUUGGGCGAAAAGCUUGAGAAAGAUAAAAAUGAAGACUUGCAGAGUGAUGAUUUGGGCAACAAGAUUGAGAAAGAUGCAAACGAAGACUUAUGGAGUGCUGAAACUGGAGCGAAAAAACAAACACCAAGUAUAGUUUCUGAGACUCCAUUUCAACAAGCUUUUAUUGAAACAGAGUCCCACUACCAGCAUUCCACAACUGAGAAAAAUAUAUCUGGCAUGUUAUCACUUCUCAACGAUGAGCUAGAUGAAGAUCUCAAAGAAAAGCCAUUGACCGAAUCCAGCCAAUCACAGCAGGAUCUUGUCCAUGAGAGCUGCACAGAAGUUAAACUGACAAAUGAUGAAUUCCAAGACAAAAUGGAGAAAGGAACAAAUAAAGACUUGCAAACUGAUGAAACUGGGGUCAAAGUACAGUCAUCAAGCAUGAUUUCUGAAAAUCAAUUUGAACAAAUUAUCAUUGACACACACUACCAGGAGUCCUCAACUGAGAAGAAUGUGUCAGGCAUGUUGUCACUUCUCAACAAUGACCUAGAUGAAUAUCUCAUAGAAAAGCCUGUGACCAAAGAGAGACCAGAGAGGGAUCAUGUCCAGGAGAGCUGCAAAGAAGUUAUACUAGAAGGUGAUAGUAUACAGGACAAUGUGGAUGAAAAUGCAUGGGAAAGCAUGGACACUGUUGUAGUGGGAGUCAAUGAACUAUCACCAAGUGUAGUAUCUGAAACUGAAUUCCAACAAGUUCAUGUCGAAAGACAUGAACACACACAACAGUCCACAACUCAGAAGAACAUCUCAGGUAUGUUGUCCCAUCUCGAUAGUGAUCUAGAUGAAUAUCUCAAAGAAAAACCUGUUACAAAACUGAGUCUUUCAGAGGAGAAUCUUGUCCACGAGAGCUACAGAGAAGUUAUACUGGCAAGUGAUGAUUUACAAAACAAGGGAGAGGCAAACAUAAAAACUGAUGCAACUGAUGUGAAAGAACUAACCCCAAGUGAAGUGCCAGAGACUCUAUUUCAACAGGUCCAGGACCUAGUCCAUGAAAGCUGCAGUGAGGUUAUAGUGACAAAAGACAAUAAAAGAGAAACUUAUUCAUUUUCUGAUGAACAAAACAUGAUUUCCCCAGGUGAAGCCACGUUUGUUAGUGUGGACAACACUAAGAUGGGAGGUAUGGACAUGCAAUGGGAGAUAUCUUCUAAUGAAGAUGGUGAGCCAGAGAGAGACUCUCUGGAGGACAGUGAGAAUAGCACUCCAGCCGGAGUAGCUGCUUGUUUUACAGAUUCUGCUGAAGGCAUGGUUGACAUUACUAACUCAUACACAGCAACAGUUGAUGAUAAAAUGGAUCUAAGUGUAGAUGAUUUUUAUUCAGAUCUCAAAAGACAGGAUUGUUUACAACUACAAGGUAGUUAUAAUGUGUUACAACGACCAGGUGUUUUAGAAAAUCUUAGCACAGUGGUACUCGAUGACCUAGAAACAGAGCAAUAUCACCAAGAUUCACUAGAGACAAGUCCUCUUAUAGAGGAUGGAUCUUCAAAGAAAUCCCCUGAUUCAAUAGAGCCAAGCCCUACCAAAGAGUCUCCAUGUCAAGAUUCUCUUGAAGGAAGUCCUACUGAACCAAAAGACACAGAAUCUAAGAUGCCAGCCAAGACAGCUCUCUAUGAGGAUUAUGUUUCCCAGCUUAAAGCAUGUUUAUCUUAUGAUAAUAACAUGUCUACAAGUGAAUAUAAGGAGGACAUGCAAGAAAAGAGUGCCGAGGUCCCCCACACUGACUAUGAAACUACCGAAGACAAGUUUUCCAACCUCACAUACAGAGUGACAGAUGACAAUUUGGUAUGCAGUGAGGGUCUUAACAUGCUUGUCAGGAAAGACUCUCUCGACUCAGAUGGCAGUGAAGACGAUGCAGCCAAUAAACAAUUCACCCCAGAGGAGGAGAUGUUUAAAAUGGCUGUAAAGAUCAAAACAUUUGAGGAGAUGGAACAGGAGUCUAAAAUGAAGAGAGACAGAUCUUUAGACACCACUUCAGGAUCAGAAACAAGUCAUCCUAAAGAGAAGGAUAUGGUCAAAACCCAGUCACAACUUAGAACUGCUCAGUCACUUGACAGUUCACAGUCUUUAUUGGCAAAGCAACAACAGGGAAGUGAUGGAGAAGGUGAAGAACAUGUGCCUUUUUUAGCAGAGAGAGAAGCAGAAGUACUCCAAGACAAGGCAGGAUGUAUGUUUUCCGCAGUCACUGAGAUCUCUGUGACUGAUGAACACUAUUCAUAUGAUGACAUAGCAACUGACUCUCCACCAGUAGAUUGUUCAGGAUUUUCUAGCAAACCUCAGCCUAUAGUAUGUACUAGAGAUCUAGACCACGCAAUAGGCACUGACAGUUCCAGCAAUGUAUCUUUCGAGGCACAGACUGAGGAGCAAAUAGAUACUGACCAUGCAGAAGGACAGAAAACACUUGAAAAGAUGCUCGUUCAGACACCUGGUAGUGAAAAAAGUCCUAAUCCAUUUCAAUUUCAAGAGGGGAAGCUAUUUGAGAUGACCAGAGGCGGAGCCAUUGACAUGACAAGAAGGUCUUUUGAUGAAGGAGAGGGAUAUGCAUUUUUCCAUAUUGGAGAACAUCAGGUUGAUGAUGUACUGCCUGAAGAGACAGAGGAAGCCCAAGCAAAGUCUUUGACUUUUCAGAGCAGUGACUCAGUUUCAGGCACAACCCUUCAGGAGACCCUGGAAUUACAGCUAACUCAAGAUAUUGAGGAUGGAGUUUCUAGUACGCUGACUGAAACUCUCAUCAAACACUCCCUUGACAAGCCGGAACCCGAGAUGUCAAUUGCUAAAGCUGAUCUCUGCAGCCCUGCAGAUGCUCUGAUCAUUUCUCCUAGUGCUUUCAGGAGUCUCACAAGCAUUCAAACUGAGGCUGAGAGUCUUGGAAGCCUUGGCCUAGAUUAUCUAGACUCCACAAUAGCUGACCUUCAGUCGGACACAUCUGGAAUUGCCCAUUUAGCAUACUCAAAAAAGAACAAGGAUUUAUCAGACUCUUCCAGUGAUGAUGAUGAUGAGACUGACGAGGAAGAAGAAGACAAGUGCUCAGUCAUAGAGAUGAACUUUUCAGAUCCACAGUCUGGCAUUCUAGCAAAUCAACAGGAUUCACCCCCACUUAAAGCAAUCAAACCAGGCCCAGCAGAUAGAGAUGAACUAACCAUGAACAAUGUUAAAAUAUUGAAGCUUGAUCCUGUUCCUAGAAAAGCAGAAAAAGGCUCAUCCUCUGAUCGUAGGACGAGAUCUGAGGCUAGCGACAGGUGUAAAGCCCCAAGUAAAGAAAUUAGGAGUUACUCUGAUAGUCAAUCCAUUAAUAUAUCCAGCUUUUCCCCCUCCAAACUCGCUUCCACGGUGCAAGAGAGAACCAUAGCUGAUAAUAUUUCCUCUAACAUUACCGAAAGAAAAGACGUUCAGCUCUCCGACACUUUAGACACAUCUGUUAGGUCUUCUUUGGAAGCUGAUAAGAGCAGCGCCAGUUGCGUUAGUCCAAAUUCAGUUAUGUUUACGUAUGACAUUCCAGCCUCACACAGUUCAGAUUCUGAUAGCAAUCAGUUGCCAGCUGUGCAUCCAGCUUGUGGGACAGAGGAAGUAUUUGAAGCCAGGCCUGCCUGGGAUGACACAGUGGAAACUCAGAUGCAGAGAACCGUUGAUGAUCAAACUCCAGAAUAUACACCAGUUGAUUGGCAGGAUGAUGCUGACAGAAAAGAGGAGACAUUAGCGAUCAUUGCAGAUCUUCUUGGCUUCAGCUGGACUGAGCUUGCAAGAGAACUCGAAUUCAGUGGAGAUGAAAUUCAGCUCGUGAGAAUAGAAAAUCCGAAUUCCCUGCAAGAGCAGAGCCACGCCUUGCUGCAGCGCUGGGUCGAACGGGAAGGCAAACAUGCCACAGAGGACUGCCUGGUUAAAAGACUAACCAUGAUCAACCGCAUGGACAUAGUUCAUCUUAUUGAAACCCAGAUGAACAAGUCCGUCCAAGAGCAAACAUCUAGGACUUAUGCAGAAAUAGAGAAGACGCUGGAUCACAGUGAAGUGUCAGUAGCCCUGUCUUCAGUGCAAGAAGACACAGACAGCCCCAGACUUGUGAGGAAGGUUGAGUCUGACCGCAGACCACCUCCAGCUGUUUCUGAAGAAGACCUGUCAGUCGCUUCUCUGCUGGAUAUUCCUUCGUGGGCAGAACCCAUAGGACACGUCCACUCAGAGAGCAUGCACGGGGACCUAAUGGAGGAGCUUGAGAUCCCACAUGAAUUGAACCCUAACCUGUUGACCUCCAGGGACGUAAUGACACACGAACCUGCAAGUCACAACAUCUCAGAUGAGCAAGCUGAUGAAAUGGCCUACCUCCCCACUCAAUCAGUGACAGAGGAGAAGUACACAGAUGAAAAUGGGCACAUAGUUGUCAGAAGGGUUACCCGAAAAAUCAUCCAAAAGUGUGUUUCCAUGGAUGGCGUGCAGCACGACGACAUGUCAUCAGAGGGAGCUCCUCAGGGGUCCGCCCCUCUCGCAGAGGGGGACGGCUACUCCAAAGUGGUGAAGCGGACUGUAGUAAAGAGUGAAGGGGAUGACACAGAGGUGACAUUUGUCGAACCCGACAGUCUCCUGUCUUCACGACAGCAGACAGCUGAUGCUUGUGAGGUCACUCACACAGAAAACACAACAGUGGUGGAGGCUGAAAGAACGAUGACCUCCCAGGGUGAUCCAUCUUUGGCCUCCGACCUCCCCUCAGCCCAAGAUGACUUCAAACAGGCACUGAGUUAUUUAGGACUCUGCGGCAGCGCAGAGCUCCCCCGUGUGGUAGAAAGAGAAACUGUCAAAGAGGAUGGAACUGUGGUCAGGAGGGCCCACAUGCCUAAAGGUCGCACCCUCAGACGGACGGUAGUGAAGGGAGCUGGGCAGCACAAACAUGUCCUCGUGGAGCUAACGGACAACUCCAGACAAGGGCCGACGCCCUUUGAUCUCCAGCAGCAGCUCCACCAGCUCUUUCACCGCUGCUCUGAACAAGAAAAGGAGGACAAUGAUGAGGACAAAACGGAGGACGAAGAGUAGAAUAUUGAGUUACACUUUCCACACUAACGUCCCUGCUAAUCCUAAGCAUUAGCCACAUGCAAUCCCAGUGUGUACCUCGGCACCGCAGAACGACCACAGUCUUCCCAUUUUAGUCCUGGAAGAUGAUCUCGUUGUCCACAAAGAGUUUUCUUCCCUGACUGAUAGUUAUAUGGGUCCUUAUUUUUCAUAUAUUUCAUGUUGAUUUGCCUUUUUGUGACCAAAGAAAGCCUUUUGUCGUUUUCCUGAUUUUUUUUUUUUUUUUUUUUUUUUUUUGAAUGUCGAAAUUGUCUUUAGUUUGUUCUUGAUCUUGUAGUAGAGCAACAAAAAAAGAAGAAAACAUAGUUCACAUUAGAUAGUUCACAGACCUACUGAAGGUAAAAUAAAAUAAAAAACCAACCUUACUCAAAAAAUGACAAAAAUGUAAAGACCCACUGCUACUGCUGUUAAUGUAGGUGCUCAGAAUGAAAGACAGUAUUUCACUUUGCACUGCCUCUCACAACUCAGAUAUUCCUAACUGGAAAGGAAACGUCUUUUACACACUGUUCUAGCCUCUCUGCUUUUUUAAAUUUCUUUUUUUUCAGGUGGUCAAUAUAUGUCACAAACGAAAACCAGGCUGAAUUGACACCGAAUCUAUCUGCUACCAUCGUGUUUCUUGUGGGCUAUGUGUGUUCUGUCUUGGGUAAUUAUAUAUUAUCUAUAAUCUGAAAAUUACCGACAUCUGUAGCCUAGGAAUUAAUAAUCACUCACGUGACGUAGAACAGGCAUGACUAAUCAACAUCUGUCAGUUUGAUCCUAGCUUUGACCGCUUUGUCGUUCAGUGGAUUGUCCCUUUCUUUCCCUUCCGUGUGUGUCUUUCUUUUGUUUUUAGGCUUUAAAUUGUUGAUCUUGACUCCUUGUAUGGAUGUGAAUGUGUGAGUGCUGAAUGUUGGUUUGUCUGUGCACGUGUUGAAUGCGUUGACUGCUGGUUUGAGGAGAGUGUUUUGGGGAAUAACUUUAGAGAAUCAUCCACUCUGCUGUUUGAAGAUGUCUUAUUAUAGAGCUAUUUUGUGAUUUUUGAUUUAGUUUACAAGUUAGUAGGGAGCACUGCUAUCUUUUAUUUAUGAGGAAGUCCCACAAAAUGUGCCACUCUGAAGCAAAAUCCUCUCAUUUCUUCUAGUGGCGUACUUCUGAUGUGACAUUUGUGGUAAAGUGACCAGGGAUUCAAUGUUUUAUUUAACGUAAAAGCUUUAUUAGUUCAGCUUUUGAAUCAGAAAGCGUUGAACCGGGUAUGCAGCACGUUUGAGAGCGAGUGAGUCUGUGUGUGCAUGUGGUGGACGAGCGUGUGUUGGUGUCUGUCAGCGAAGAAGACAACUGUUUAUUUUACACUAAUUGCUUUUGCACUCCUGAAUGUCAGACGGGAACACCUCCAUGCUCUCUGUGUACAGGUUAUGACAUGCAGCAGAUGUUAGCAGCAGGAAUAGUCUCAUGCCAGAUAAAGUAACGCCAGACAGUCAGGUCGAGAGCUCGAUUACGCGACUAUCCACAGCUCUGAGCAUCGCAACUGUAUGUACCUACAUGUAUUUAUGUCACUAUCACUGUUUACUUUGUGAGCCAGGAAAAUGUAUAAUGCAAAUUAGUGCAAGUUCACUGUGACAGGUAUGCUUUUACUUUGAAAAAUCAGCAUCCCUUUUCUGUGAUGACAGCUAUAUGCAUAUACAACGCAUAUAUAAAUAUCUACAAAGGCAUGUUUUACUGUAUCAAAAUUUGAAAAGACAAAAACAAAAAUGGCUGCAGUGUAUCUAUCGCUGAGAAUAAAACUCUACAAAUGUAAAA